CCUGAAACUGUAGAGCCACUCUUCCUGCUGCUUCAGCGGCAAGACGAGAACACACUCGUCGAUGUGGGCCCGAAACACAAGAGAUGGAACCGCUAGUUUCAACAUGAAUCUGUUGGAGGAGGCCGACAAUCGGUUGCAUCAUGGAGGGAAAGAAGAACCGCCUUGUGCUCUUCUGCAUCAUGCUACAGUGGCCUUUCGUGGACAGCGACCCGGACAACUGUCCUGAGAAGCAGCACAAGAGUCUCGACUGCUUGAACGACUUCAACAGUGUCAUAACCUGCACCUGGAACAGCGCAAGCAUGUCCGCCACACCUGGACAGGUGUGUAAAUUACAUGCCGCCAGGAUCGACCGACAAAGGGACAGGCACAGGUCUUCCUGCGACCUCAAGGUCUCCAGAACAGAGUGUCAGAGAUGUUCCAUGUUCUUCAACAGAAACUCUUCAUUUCAGAUGAACCAUGUGUACAACCUCACCCUGACCUGUCCGCAGAUGAGUUUCAGCAUGAACUACACACCAUAUUCUCACGUUAAACCUAAUCCUCCUUCACAACUGAGCAUCAACUUGACCACUGUGUCCUGGCUUUCUCAAUUGGACUACGAACGCCAUCUGGGAUCCAUGAAUUGUCUUUGUGAGUGGCAGUGGAAACAAGAGGAUCAACCGUGGAGGGAAUCUUCAGUCUCCCAGAGAAGGAAGAAGUGUAACAGUGACAGAAGGAUUCGAGAUGAAGCAGAGCUGCAUGAAGACGAGCUGGUCAGAGGCGAGAUGUACCAGAUGCGUGUUCGUAUGAUGUGUGGAGUAAAGAAAAUAUGGAGCGACUGGAGUCCAACUGCAUCGUGGGUCUCCGCCGUCGGAAACCAAAGGCCGACACCGUCGCUGCCUCCACCAGAUGCAAACACAUUGUCACAUUUGUGGAUCAUCGUCUUUUUGGCUGCUACCGUCUGCUGCGUCACUCUGAUUCUGUUUUGGAGCAAGAAAGACAAAUGGCUUUACAUCCUGAAAAAGGUCAACAGCCCUGCACUGCCUGAUCCCGGGAAGUCCUUCCUGAAGGACGUCAACUUCCAGAAGGGCAUGACCCCAUAUUUCAGUCCCGAAUUGUUCCAUACAGCCCUCAGACCAGUGGAAAUCAUGGAACAUGUAGCUUGUGUUACUCCUCUGACCAUCAUCACUGAGCGAUUCCAUGAAUCCAGCAGCUCUGGUUUCUCCAACCCCAGCUACUCCAACGUCUGCUCAUCUCCUCUUCCCCCCAUGACUGCGGGAAACCUAGUUCCCUGCCCGGCAGACUCUGAAACCCAUGUGGGGAAGGUGAACGUGCAAGAACUCCUGAAGAUGAUAUUUAACAAACCUGCCGGGUUGAAGGAGUUUAAGCUUGAGAAGGUGGAAGCAGGAGCAGAGCGUGACCUCAGCAGCAAAACGCACGAUGAUAUACAGAGAUUUUUUGCUGGAGGCGUUUUCCGCUCAGAGUCCAUCCAGAUUUGCUCGGCCUACAAGCCCGUCUCAAGCCAGCAGGACGACCACAUGGAGCUUCCCAGUCUGGACUCGGGAGUCGGCAGUGAAAGCGAGGACGUUAGCCAUAAAGAUGACGUUGACGUCCCACUCUUAGCAUCGUCGCCCUGCUUCCUGCCUGCGGUUGCUGGUUUGAGUCCAGCCGAGAAGAUGCAGAUCCUUGAAAAAAUGGCCGCAGUGUCAGGAUCGGUGGAUCCAUCUGGUGAUGGAUACAAGCCAGUCAGGCAAAGCGACUAAUCGCUGCUUCAUAUCUCUUAUGUGCCCUUCACCUGUAACAUUAUGACCACCAGUUUGGAAAGGAAACCUGUAAAGACAUCUGGGAUCAAUUUUGGUUGCUGAGCCACGAGACUGGACUCUUGCUACCGAUCCAAAAUGUCUGCCGCUUCACCUGUUGCCAUCUAAGAAAGAAUAUAUUUCAAGCUUGAAAUGUGUCUUUAUUUCUUUCCAACUAUACAGACCUUACUUCCCAUAGCCAUCUCCAAGUGCCCCCACUGGAGGUGACACGAUCUGCAGGAGGUUUUUGAGUCAACAGGGCUUCAUUUUUAGCAGAUCUGUGUGACGAAAACAGAGCAACUGCAUUCCCAACGGAGCCUUGCGGCACAGGUAGCAUCCAAGUUCCCAUGGCCACCAGGCGUUUACCUGCUUCACCUUCCCACUAGCAAACACGCCCAGGUCACACUCAGAUCACAGCAGAACAGGGAGAUAAACAGCUGCUGGGUCAGACUGAGCAAAAGGUCCAGAGACAAUGGUUGAAACACGAUGGUGCUUCCCACCCGGCAAGGACCGGCUUGACAACGGCUCCAGGGCCUGGGAAGUCUAUUACAAGUGACCAGGAGGUUGGUCCUGUUUCUUUCAGCCACGAGUUCAGUGAUAUUUCAGCUUACUGUGCUUUUUACUCGAGCUCCAGCUGAUGGUCUUUGGAAUGUAGAACGUCUACGAACUGAACACAGAAGCGAAAGUCUAGUCUGGCAGUCAUUUUUUUCCAAAGAAAUAAGGAAGUGAAAUGCUUUCUUUGGAACUAGCUAGUAGCCUGUUCUGCAUUCCGUUGGGUCUCGGUCUGGGUUUUGCCUCCUUUGUUGCUCUUACCCAUCCAUCCAUCCAUCCAUCCAUCCAUCCACUCACCCACCUGUCCAUCCAUCC